UUGGUUUGUAGCAGAGUGGCUAGAUAGAGAGGGGGUGGGGAGAGUUGUUUUGUGUUGCGUUCCUGCAGUGUGUUUGACCCUUGACCUCGUUGUUGUGUUCUCUCCGCCUUGCAUUCCAAAGUGAGGUUUUCCUGCAGCAGAUGUAGCUUCAACAGACGAGAGGCGCUCGUAGCUGCUAGGGCUCGCUCGUUACUGCGCUCCCCGUACGUGUUUACUAGAUAGCUUCUCAUUAGCCUUCCGUCACGUUACAGUGCACUAGAGUAGAACAACAAUAGUUUAUAUAAAUGAAUUAGCUCAACAAGGGACGUGCCUACCGAGCACAGGACGAGCGAGAAAACGAGCAACUGCGUGGUGGGAAGGCUAAGUUAGUGAAACGGAGAGAAACCGCUCAGCUAACGUAGCUUGCUAGUUCGGGGUUUCCUGACCCAUUGAAGCUAUCGCAACUGCUGCUGGAGGAGCAACUGAGGGAGGAUAGCUAGCUACUAGAGGGAGGAAAUGAAGGACAAACAGAAGAGAAAGAAGGAACGCACGUGGGCUGAGGCGGCUCGCAUGGUUCUAGAGAACUUCUCUGAUGCCCCCAUGACGCCCAAGCAGAUCCUGCAUGUUAUCCAGACCAAGGGACUCAAGGAAAUGAGAAGUGGCACGGCCCCUCUGGCCUGUCUGGUGACCAUGCUGCACUCCCAGGUGAGGGGGGACCGAGUGAAGAACAGCAUCUUCUUCAAGCUUCCUGGCAGGAUGAGUCUGUUCACUUUAAAGAAGAACGCUCUGCAGUGGACCAAGAGUUCGACAGAGGCGGAGACAGCGGACACCACCACACAGGCUACCGCUUCCACUGCAACAGCAGGGCCAACGGAAGGGGGGGAGCAAGAGAGCUGUGACUCCAUGGAAACGAUUGCGGCCAGCGGAGAGAAUGACGCGUCAGUAGAUGAGAGCUCGUCCAGUGCGUCCUGCUCCACAGAGCCCCAGACCAGGCUGAGUAGGUCUGGAGUCUCUGGACAGGUGCGCUCCGAGGCCCAGGCACAGACCCGACUAAGCCGAUCCAGACAGUCGGGCAGACAGAGGAAGAAGGCUGUGAUGAUGCCGCGCGUGGUCCUCACUCCACUCAAGGUCAAUGGUGACCACGUCCCAUCAGGGCCCAUGAAGAGGAGCCGAGGUGGGGUGGAGGUGGACUUUGAGACGCCUGGCUCAAUCCUGGUCAACACAAACAUCAGGGCCCUCAUCAACAUGCGCACCUUCUCUGCCUUCCCAGCCCAGUACCAACAGCAACUCCUGCAGCUCCUCCCUGAAGUCGACCGCCAGGUGGGACCUGACGGUCUGGCUCGCCUCAGUAACUCGGCUCUCAACAAUGAAUUCUUCACUCACGCCUCCCAGAGCUGGAAGGAAAGGCUCGCUGAGGGGGAGUUCACCCAUGAGAUGCAGGUGCGAUUUCGCCAGGAGAUGGAGAAAGAGAAGAAAGUGGAGGCAUGGAAGGAGAAGUUCUUUGAGGAGUACCACGGUCAAAAGUCUGGCCUGACCCGGGAAGAGUCUCUGAAGUUGACGAUGAGUGAAGAGGCCGAUGCUGCCGCCAGCGUCCUGGAGAGUGAGGUGGCCUCUGUGGCUGCAGGAACGCCCAAGCGCCGUGGUGUGGGCAGGCGGCGGCGGGACGGCAGGAUGAGACGGCGAACGCGUGCAGACUUGAGACGCAGGGCGCGACGCACCCUCUGCAAGACCAACUCCCCCGCCAUGCAGACCCCCGAGCAGCCGGAGGGCACACUCACUCUAGACGCUGUUGCCUCCGUCUCUGCGCCCUCGCCCAUCCCAGAGGCCACCAUGGUGCAGGGAGAGGUGGUGCUACAGGCCGAAUCUGGACUGGAGACCGCGGCCCAGUCUGCCUCCCUAGAGCCCACUCCCUGCCCUUCCCCUGUGCCCACGCUCCUGUCUGUGACCGUGCCUGAGCCCACCCCGACCCCCAGCCCUGCGUCCAUCAGCGCCACCGACGAGCCUGAAGUCACUGCCCGCCUUCUCCCCGAAGAGCCUGCACCUGCCAUCGCCUCAACCUCCUCUCCCUCCUCCUCGUCCUCCUCCUCCUCGUCCUCCUCCCCUUCCUCCUCUCCCUCCUCGACCUCCGAGAGGCAGGGGGCGUUCACCGCCGGCUUGGACUCUUCUUCCUCUUCCUCCUCCUCCACGGCCGCCGCCAUCGCCGAUCCACUGGACGAUGGGGCCUCCGUGGUCACCUCGGUCACAGGGGGAACGGCCACCAGCAGCCAGGAGAGCAGCCCUGCAGCCAGCCCCGCCCCCACCCCCACUGCUGCCACCUCCACCCAGGCCAAGGAGCAGAAGAGGAGGCCAGACGAGACCCAGGCCUUCUCCAGCUUCCCCGAGAAGAGGCCGCGAAUAGAAGAUCGUCAGUCCUUUCGUACCACAAUCGACGGGGUCCACACGGAAAAGCCGCAGCCGACAGCAGAGGAGCCCAAGGUCCCACCUAUCCGGAUUCAACUCUCCAGAAUCAAACCGCCCUGGGUCAAAGGGCCGCCAACCUACCAGAUCUGUCCCCGCAUUGUGCCCCCCAGCGAGGGCUUGCGGCGCACGGGGACGGGGGCGCGCACCCUGGCGGACAUCAAAGCUCGCGCCCAGCAGGCCCGGGCCCAGCGCGAGGCCGCUGCUGCUGUUGCAGCCACUGGGGACGGGCCAGGGCCCGGCGGGGGCAGGGCUGGUUCUGGGCUACCGGAUCGCAGCAGUGGAAGACGAACUCGAGAGCACCCAGGACCCGUCGAGCCCGGAGGAGGAGGAGGAGGAGGAGGAGGAGGAGGAGGAGGAGGAGGAGGCGUGGAGGAGCAGGGAUCGCCUGCGGGCUCUCAUUCGCCUGGAACACAACUACAGCUGUCCAAUGUAGAGCCCUCCUCUACCCCCACCCCCCACACAGCUGCCUCAUCCCCCUCCCUGUCCACCUCCUCCAACCCCUCCCUGUCCUCUUCAGAGCCCCCGCAGACCCCCACUCCACCCCUACCCACCCAGGAGGAGCGGCUGGGGGAGCUGAGUGGGGAGGAAGGGGCUACACUAACACCACCACCAGUCAAAGGCACCACCAACGGACUCUUGGACAAGGCAGCGCUGCUGAAACCUGAGUCUGUAUCCAGCCACCUCCAAGGGCAAAGCGAGGGGGCCGACUGUGACAGGACAACGACCCAAAGCGGUCCCUUGGCACCCACAUCCAUCCCAGAUUCUCUGCCCAGAUUCGGGGCCCAGGGAGUGGAUGUGAUCAGGUCCCUGGCUGGCACCGAGCAGGCCAGGGGGGGAGGAGGGGGUGUCAUCCAGCAUGGUUCCCACCACGUGGGUCCACAGGAGAACCCCCCCACCCCGGCUAGAGAGGGCCGCAUCCAGGGCGAAAGGCAGCAGUCGGAGCCCCCGGGGAGGGAGAGAGAGACAGCCUCCCUCCCUCGUCUCCCACCCUCAGUCAGAGAGGACGACGCAGGGCAUCACAGCGACUCCACAGAGACGGCCUCCGACUGCGAGAACGAGAGCCAGGAGGAGGAGCCCCACCUGAGCACAUGGCGCCACCACCUGCCCGCUCAGUGCAAUGGCAACAUCCAGCACCUCCAAAGGCUGUCUCAGAAGGCCCAUGGCCAGCCUGUGAUCUGCAGUCCCCCUUCACAGCAGAACCAGCAGCCGGUCAUCCAGGCCCAUGUGUCCAACCAGCACGGCCACAGCCAGACAGUCAUCCAGCCCUGCUUCCCCAACGGCCUGCCCAGCCAGAGUCUCAUGCAGCCGGGGCAAAAGCCGCAGCAGCCUGGACGCACUCCCCACCCAGACCAACAAGCUAUCGCUGCGCCACAUCCCAAAGCCCAGAGGGGGCACAAAACAGACCCCAUGGAAGACUACAAAGCAUCCAGCCGGUGCUUGGCUGAUGAGGACUGUAGGCUGGGGCUGAAUCCCUCUCCCACCGCUAGCUGCAAGAGGCUCCCUAGUUCAGCUCGGCCUGUGUCUACAGUGGAGGCCAACAACCCUCUGGUCACCCAGCUGCUCCAAGGCAGCCUCCCGCUGGAGAAAGUCCUGCCGCAGACGCACUCGGCUAGCAAGCUGGAGAUCAACCGCCUGCCAGAGGGGCAUCAGUCAGCCCCACAGUCCCGGCAGCAGCAGACCAGGAACCCAGGCACUCGCUUCAGGGGCCCCACAGAGUCCGGUACGAUGGAGUCGCUGCUGCCCGAGUUGUCCUCUCAGAACCAGCAGAAGUCCCCUGCUGGCCGAGGAGGCUCCCCUGGAGCAGGCCGGAGCUUUGCGUCCUCUCCCCCAGGCACAGUACCCUCCCGCAUGGCCUGCCUGCUGGAGGAGGCCUCCUCUCGGGCCACGGCCAUGCAGCAGUAUCUCUCCCAGCAGCCAGCUGGCGCCGUGCCCCCCGGGGCCGUGCCCGUCAUUACAUCCCUCUCUUCUUCGUCCUCUUCCUCCAGACGCAACUCCCAGGAGUCGGCCGUCAUCAGAGAGUCUCCGGAGAGGCACCACAACUUCACUCAGCCGCGGGCCACCCCGGAAGCCCCAUCGCCCCCGCACAGCAACCUUGGCCUCUCUGACGUGGUCCCCACCGUCAAGAUCAACUGGCACCCUUCCAAAUCCCACCCCCCACACCAACAGCAGCUCUCGCCCGUGAAGAGCGAGGUCACCUCCCGGCCCUCUUGCCAAACUCUUGCCAAAACCUCCCCCUCUGGCCCCAUGGCAGGCGGCGGGCCAGGUGUGGUGGUCACCAAAAAGGAGGCAGUGAACUCUAUGGACGGUUACCUGACUGGAGGAGGGGUAGGAGGUGGGGCUAUGGAGGGACUGCUGAACAUGGAGAUGUCCUUAGCCCGCAUGGCUAAGAAGGAGGCGCAGAGCAAAGCUCAGUACUCCUCAUCUUCCCCCUCCUCCCUCCCUUUCCAGCUCUACGGAAAGCUGCCUAAGCAGGGCGGCGUGGCGGCGCCCGGUUUCAGCUACACGGCCAACGUGUCUGUGGUGGACGGCAGCGGCUUCUCGAGGAGCAUCGCUGACGGCGUCCUGCAGCUGCGUCAGCGCCACAGCGCUAGCCAGAGCGCCACACUCAGCAUCCAGGCGUUCGCCGACAGCGCCGCUGAGGAAGUGGCCCUCAAGUGCUCGUGCCGCCUCAAGGCCAUGAUCAUGUGCCAGGGCUGCGGGGCCUUCUGCCACGACGACUGCAUCGGCCCCUCCAAACUGUGUGUCUCCUGUCUGGUGGUCAGAUAGGAGCUUUCUCUGACGUUGCCACGGUGUUGGUGGUUUGAUGUUAUAUGCUGUGCCACCUUCAGCAUACCUGCUCCAUGUAUAAACUGUUAACUAACCUAACACACCCCGAACUUGAGAGAAACAACGGUGUGGGACUUCAGGUUUUGACAUGUACAUAACCCUCGGAAGUGUUGCCUUGUAUUAUAAAAUCGGUAUGUAUUUUUUGUUGCAUAUUUUUUCUAAUGCCGUUAUGUUGAUGUAAUUAUUAUUUUGUUAUAAUUAUUAAUAUUGUGACUUUAUUUGGCACGGUUGAUUGUAAAUUGUGCCUUUUUUUAUUCUUUCCUCAAAACAUUUACCUCAUCUUAUCUUGACGCACCUGUCAUCAUUUCAGUGUGAAAAUGGUGGCCGUUAUUGUUUGUUUUCCUCUGGCCCUGCAUGGAGGGCUUGGAGGGGGAUUUGUUCUUGUCUCUUUCUUGCAAAGAAAUAUUUUUUUAAUCAUUAAAGCAAGCAUAAAUGACA